GCACUUGUCGAAUCAGCAAAAAGUUAGUGAACUUUGUCUUUCGAUUUUCUUUUUAGUUCGAUUAAAUAAUUUCGAAGUUUUGUCAUCGGGAAAUGAGGAGUAUUACCGUUGUUGUGUCUUGGCUUUUAUUUGGCCUUACAACAAAAACAAUUUGCCAAUUGUACACCGACGACGUUUCCGAUGGUAGAUGUACGCUCAAUCCUGUAGUUAAGAACUUCACAUCGUGCCUUAAUCUGGCCAUACCCCAAGUGUUUACCGUUAAUUACGCCAGUAAUUCGCUGUAUAGAAACUAUGCUGAAUCGUUCCUUGGGCGACCCGCAAACGAUCAAGCUGAAUUGGACGCUCAGUGUUUUACAUUCGCUAUCGAAGGACUAAUUCUAAUUCAAGAAGGUUACGACAAGGCGAACAUUCGCUCGGUAAUUCCAACUGAAUUAGAUCCAACAGCUCCCUUGCUCACCGAUCCACUUGGUCUUGGAAAAUUCAAAAUUGAAACAACAUUUGCACAAUCACCAGGAUCGACUGUCAAAAAUCAAUAUGUGACAAUCGAUCAAGCAGUUUGGUGUGACACAAAGCAUGUUCUCUUAGUUAGAUGCGUCAAUGAAACCCGACAGGAUUGGAAGUUGGCUAGUAUUGGCAAUCCAGAACAAUGGGUAAAACCGAUAGUUCUGGAUGUUAUUGAAAGCCUUGGGAUGUCGAGGGAGAACGCUAUUGAUUAUACAGGUGAAAAUGGUGGGCCUAGUUGCCCAGUUGCUCCUGAUCUUGUUACUUAUAAAUUACGAGCUGCAAAGAGAAUUGGUAUACCUCUUCCUUUCGAUUUCGGAAAGCAUUUUCAGUGGCUGAAAUAA